AUGGACGGCAAACCCUACAGUGGGCCCUAUGAUAAGGAUGGUACUUUGCAGGAUUGGCACCGAGGUGCUCCAGAACCAGAUAAGAGAGGAAUGGAUCGGCCUUUAGAGUCCCAGACAAUGGCGAGAGUGCGGCCUAGCAUGACAAGCACAAUUCGUACUGUGACCCCAGAUCCAUUGGAGCGUGGAGAGGAUGGCUCUCACCUGGCAUCGGGAACACUGAGGUCGGGGGAAUUUGACCCUUCUUCUGCGCAAACCUCACCCCGUUCUAUGUUGGAUGGGGACCGCCGGCAGGGUCUAGUAUUCCAGGAUUCAUAUUCCACCGAAUCUCUCGAGUCUGUUCGCCCCGGGCCACCCGUUAGCUUCCACUCCCGGCCUCGAACGCGCACUACUAGUGGGGUGAAGGAGCAUACUCGUCAUAGAUCAACUUCUACGAAUGUCUCUAGGAGUAGGCACCGUAUCGGCUCGGUGCACUCUACGAAUGCAUCCUCCUUCCAUAACGUGGAACCUCGAAGCGUUACUGAUAGUUCCACUUCUGUGAUGUUUCCGUCCGUUCCUAGCCGACCUACACCUCCACCGCAGCUACAUAAGUCGAACUCUGUUAAGGGUGGGCGACGACUCGUUAGACGAAGUUCUCGACCUGCGUCACCAUUCUCAGCAACGAAUGACAUUCCAUUUGUCGAUUCCCUCCCAUUCCCAGUCGCUACGGGGGAUGCUAACAAAAUAUUAAUGUUAAUGAAGACUUUGUGUGGUCGUAUGCGCGGCGGAGUCGAGUAUCAGACUCAUGAACAGGAAUCUUGGCAUUCGGGAAUUUGCUAUAUUGAUGACGUUAAGGCGUCAUUGAUGUUCGAAGGCGAAGACAGAGGUCCAUUUCACCUUACAGUGAUUCCGGAUCUCAGAGGAUGUCGAGUUCGCCCAAUUAUCUCGAAAGAAAGACAAGUAAGGUGUUUGGAGAUAUCAAACCGGUCGCUUGGCCUCGAGCUUCACUUAUUACCAGGGGUCAAAACGGAACAUGAUCUCUGGUUAGCAGCACUUUUGUGUUGGCAACAGAUCCGGAACGUAAGCCCUUCAGCAGCUCUCCCCGCGGCAGCUGCGCAGCCCACGAAGGAACGCAUGUCGGCCCUUUCAAGGCGUGGUUCUUCCCAAAAUUACCCAAAUUCAACAAGCUCACCUACGGUUGCCAAAGAUGGGAACAUCAUCAAGGUUGCCAAGGUUCUCCUCUGGGAUAAAGGAGCGCCUUCGUGCCCAAAGGCAAUUGUACAACGGCCCUCCACACGGGAUUCACAAUCGCCUACUCGCUCUUGGAGAAGGGUAUCUUGCAUACUUCAAGAUAAUGGAGAAUUUAGGCUGUUGACGGAGAACGACGUAACUCUACUAUCCGUUAUUCAGUUAUCACAAUUAUCUCGGUCAGCAAUACAAAGGUUGGAUAGAUCCGUCCUUGAUCAAGAUCACUGCAUCGGCAUAUUUCCCCGAUAUACUUCAUCCUCCACUCAGCUAUCCAUAUUUCGGCCUGUUUAUAUCGCUUUAGAGUCGCACCUGUUAUAUGAGGUGUGGUUUUGUUUAUUAAUUGCGUUCUCCGUCCCAGAAAUCUACGGCCCAUCACCGCCAGAGCCAAGCGACGAUUUUGAGCUGUUUGGCACACCCCAGGACCCUCCUACUACUGACAUGUUUCGGAUCGAGAAAUCUCUCAGCGUCCGUAUUGUGGAAGCCAAGAUCCGGAAACCCGCCGUUGAGAAGGAUGCUGCGCGCCAGGGGAAACAAUCUGCGAAGCCUGAAGACGAUCCCUCGUUGGGAGAAUAUUUUGCUGAGGUGGUGCUGGAUGGGGAAAUCCGGGCUCGUACAAUGACUAAACCCCAAACGAGAAACCCCUUUUGGCGCGAAGACUACGAAUUCUUAGAUCUUCCUGGCCAUACACCAAAGCUUUCCGUUCUGCUGAAACGAGUUGACAAUUGCGUCUCCAGCCGUGUCUUGUUUUCCUCGUCGAGAGUUUUCGAGCAGCCGGAAAGGGUACUCUGCGGAACGGUUGAUAUCCCAGUCGACAAGCUCGAGCGAGGCAAGGACAGCGAAGCCUGGUGGCCGAUACUGAAUGAUCUGCAGGAAUCCAUAGGUGAAAUAUUUCUCAAACUCCGCCAUGAUGAGCUCGUUGUGCUCCUCGCGAAGGAUUACGAGCCCAUAUCAUUAUUAUUACAUGGAUUUGCUAGCGGGUUGACAGACCAGAUUGCUCAAUUUAUCGUUCCACGUCUACGGCCUCUGUCUGAAAUAUUGAUGAAUAUAUUUCAAGUUUCUGGGCAUGCUGGGGAUUGGCUUAUGGCGCUGGUUGAAGAGGAAAUAGAUGGCAGUACAAGGGAGAUGCCCGCGUUCCGGCGUCGAUGGAGCAGAAGGAUCGGAUCGAAUGAGUCCUUUAACUCUACUAGCGACCGUGAACAGACGGUCCGGGAUAUAGGAAGGUCAUUGCAAGGAGAAGCAAAUCUUCUUUUCAGAGGGAACUCCCUAUUUACUCAGGCGAUGGAUUUCCACAUGAGACGAGUUGGUGCAGAAUACUUGCGAGAGACCCUGUCGGACAAAGUUGCCGGAAUCAACACGCGCAAUCCGGAUUGCGAGGUAGACCCAUCUCGGAUGGCCAAGGAAGAAGAUUCUGGCAAGAAUUGGUCUUUGUUGAUAUCACUUACAACAGAUGUCUGGGAAGCCAUUGCCGGAUCAGCUUCCCGUUGUCCAGCCGAACUUCGCCAGAUCUUGAAGUAUAUUCGAGCUGUUGCUGAAGAUCGAUACGGGGAUUUCUUUCGUACCGUAUCGUAUACCAGCGUAUCCGGAUUCUUAUUCUUACGCUUCCUCUGCCCAGCUCUACUGAACCCGAAACUCUUCGGACUUCUGCGAGACCACCCGCAGCCCAAAGCACAGCGCACCUUGACGCUAAUUGCGAAGAGCUUACAGGCCCUUGCUAACCUAGGCUCAUUCGGUCAGAAGGAGAUAUGGAUGGAACCCAUGAACCGAUUCCUCUACGGCCACCGUCAAGGCGUGAAGGAUUUCAUCGACGAUAUAUGCGCUCUCUCUGCCGAACGUAGAACUUCAGCACUGCCUGCAUCUUACUCAACUCCUAUUACUAUACUCGCGCGGCUGCCAGCAACCUCGAGAGAAGGGUUUCCAUCUCUCCCAUACCUCAUCGAUCAUGCCCGCAACUUUGCCGCAUUGGUUAAGUUAUGGGUAGACUCAACGUCCCACUAUGUAAACACUCAAACUAUUGAUGGCGACCUGGCCGAAUUCAACCAAAUUUGUAUCGAUCUCCAGCGCCGCGCCGAUGAGUGCCUCCUGAUAGCGGACACUAGUGACCGGACAGUUGACCAGCUAUCCCAGUCUCAGGAGUUGGAGGACCUCGUCGAUAGCUUUCAAGAUACAUCCAUUCAAGAUAAAGAAAUCAUCCAGAAUUCAAAUCCGGAUAUUGGACCAGUAAAUAACCCACCCUGGGCUGAAUUCACAACCACUAUCACCGCUGGCGCUCCUAGCACCACUAGCAGUGAAUUAACCGGCAAGGACUGGGAUAAGGAUAAAAGAGAACGCUUGAGUUUCUGGGAAUCAGCUUUUGGGAAGGAGAGUAAGAAUCCGAGGUUAUAUGAUACUGCAGACAGUCUUGGGUCGUCACCCGUUGGAGGGCCGAGUAGAAAUGGGAAUAGCAAAGCCCCGAGGAAUUUCCUUAGCGGACUUCGGAGGAAGGGAAGCACCCCGGGACCUAUUUGA